GUGUUCUUUAAGGCGGGUCUUCUGGGCCAACUGGAGGACAUGAGGGACUUGCGUCUGUCCCAGAUCCUCACCAUCGUCCAGGCCAUGGCCCGAGGGAAGCUGAUGAGGAUGCAGCGGGAAAAGAUGACGCUGCAAAGGGACGCCGUGCUGGUGAUCCAGUUCAACCUGCGGGCGUUCUUCACCGUGAGGACGUGGCCCUGGAUGAUGCUCUUCUACAAGCUGAAGCCGAUGCUGCGGAGCGCCCAGGUGGAGAAGGAGCUCGCCACCCUCCACGAAGACUUCACCAAGUUAAAAGACGCCUUCGACAGGUCGGAGGUAAAGCGACAAGAGGCGGAGGAGCAGCACGUGGUUCUGGUGGAGGAGAAGAAAGAUCUGGCUCUGCAGCUCCAAGCC